GAGUACGAGUGGAUGACUAGUGAUUUUUAGGAAAGGGGUACGGUUCUCGUGAGGGCGUGUGAGGGUUGUUCGGCGGAAACUGCAGCGAAGUUGUCUCCGCGCAUGAGGAUCGGGUCACCCCUGAUUUCUGGGCGGUCCCCCACUAAUUCGUGCAUCACCCACGCCGUCAUGACCAUCCCGACAAGUUCAAGCAGAUUGAUCGUCACGCUACUCGUCUCGCGGCACGCGGCCUUGCGUUUUAGUUCUGCCGAAAAGUCUAGUGGGAGGUCGUACCUCCAGUACGUUCGAAGUUCUGUGCAGUAGCCGCCUAUGGCGUCGAAGCUGGCAUCGGAUAAGUAUUUUCUCUUCGGUGGGCGCGCAAGUUGUACGAAACACGGGGCGCUCAGGGAUUCCCCCGCAGCUACGAGCUCAUGCUGGAUCGCCCAUCGCCAAAACUCUAGAUCAGCGUGGAACUCCUUCCCGAGAUCUACGAUGUGGUUCUGGUUACCGUUCGCAGUGUGCAAGCCUGUAAGGCGCAAGAGCCGCCAGACGAAGUACUUUCCAGCUCGAAUCACAAACGUCAUGUUCCAAAGUUUUCCAGCUAUGCUGAAAACCUCUUGUGCGGUCGCUUGCCGCCUAUCUUUUGGCCACUCGUUUUCCAGGGCUGUUUUUAGUGCCUGCGCCUUCUUUUCUGGCACGGAGAUAGUGAGGGCGUGAGAAUCGAUGGUAAACCCCAGAAAUUCAAGUUUGGUAUCCCAGUCCGAACUCUUCUUUGGGGCGAGGAUAGGCGUCUCUCCAGCUUCGUGACCGAACGCACGUACGUAAUCGGAGGCGAGGGACUGGGAGGCGAUCAAGGCAGAACGGUCGGUAUCGGAAAGUUGUGCUCUGAGCAGUGCGUGAUCGUCGACAUAAACCCAAGUCUCGAAAGGGCUGUUCAGCUCGCCCCCUGUACUCGGCCGAAUGACGACAUCGCUGGGUACCGGCGUGGGUUCUCCCUCUUCCCACCUAUCCACAAUCUUCACAUGCUUCAUCAUGUCUACUCCUUCUGGAAGAAUUUGUGCCGUGCUUAGGUUGGUAUUGCGGUGUGCGUGUUCAGCCGCCGACGCCGUGACUCCGAAAUGUCCAGGGGAUCCCGUCCACCCAAACGGGAGUCUCAAGUCCACCACCAGCAAGUCUCCUAGGGUGUAGCCAAAGUUGUGUGCUUGGUCUGGAUUUAUCCGGACGUUGCGAAAGGCAUCGUUCACGUCGGUGGUGGCCAUGAGCAGGCGUAGCUUCGGGCAUUUGGCUCGCAGGCUGACUAACGCGGUUAGGAAACCGGGCAAGGCUCCGGC